CUCGAUUGGAACAAGGUUAAUGAUAGGGCUGACUUGCUGGAGCUUAGAGCCCGAAUGGUUCAGAUGCGGAAUGAGGAUAUGGAGUCGGCUAUGUUGAAGAAAGAUAGGCACCGUCGCCGAAACAUGGAUCGAUUCAACACCAUUCACCCGCUGAAAAAGGAGCUCAUCAACGUUGGAGACAAAGUGCUACUAUACGAUAUCUUCAAAGUUGACAAAGACAUGUCUCGAAGUGUCAAGCUCAACUACAGGUGGCUUGGUCCGUUCAAAGUCAGUUCUGCAAACCAUGGAAAAGGGACGUACGAAUUGCAAGAGUUAGAUGGAGUCGACAAGAAAGGCACUUUCGCUGGCAACAGAUUGAAGAAGUUCGUUGAAGAGUCUGGUUACUGGUAUUCGAUCAACGAUAAGCCUGAAAAGAGUAUAGAGAAAAAGGAACCUUACGUCCUUCCGCGUACACGCCAAGAAACCAGGAAAGAUACUAGGCAAGUCGUCAGAGUACCUAUUCCUCAGGUCCAAAUACCGACACUCUCUCAAACGCAAAGAGACCAAUACAUCAGGUUCGAAGACGACUAGGAUGAGGAAGCCGAGCUCUCAGAGUAGACUUUGGGAAUAUCUUAUGGUGGGACGGAGUCUCGCCCACCACCCUCUUUCAGAACCAGUUCCCUUCCGAGCUCCGGGACGAGCUCUAUCUUAUGGGGGGACGAGACCUCCAGGUGCCUCUUUUACUUUUGUUCUCCUACGUCUGUCGAUACUCGUUCUUUUUGCAAACUCCUGUUGCUCAAGACUUCUUCAUGUUCCCCUUCCUGUACAAAAACGAUUACACUCAACUGCUUAGUCUCUUCUAUAUGAGGCCGUCUCUUCACCCGCUUUUUUAAGACAUUACACUCCCUAUUAC